AUGUCUCAAAGGAACAAUUCUACAAAUCAAUCGCAGUCGUUGCCGUUGGUGGUGACGCUGAAUUGCAUUGAGGAUACGGUUUUGGAACAGGAAUGCUUGAAAGGUGUGGCGCGUGUGGAGCACGUGCCUCUGAGCCGAUUAGCCGAGGCGAAGAUUGAGUCUGCGAUGGCGGUGCUGCUCCAUUCGUUGUCUUUCCUCCCACGCGCCGCCCAGAGACGUCUACGCCCUGGGCAGCUUAUUCUUUGCCUCGGAUCCUCCGACAGGGCUGUAGAUUCUACCCUCGCUGCUGAUCUGGGUCUUGGCGGGCUUAUCCAUGUUGAUGUUAGCCGCGCUGAGGAGGUUGCUGAUACAGUCAUGGCGCUGUUUCUUGGCUUACUCCGUCGUACUCACCUCCUUUCGCGGCAUGCGCUCUCGGCCUCAGGGUGGCUCGGCUCUGUUCAGCCACUAUGCCGUGGAAUGAGGCGAUGCCGCGGCCUCGUGUUGGGGAUUGUAGGCAGAUCUGCCUCCGCAAGGUCUCUGGCUACUCGGAGCUUGGCCUUUAAAAUGAAUGUUCUUUAUUUUGAUGUUCAUGAGGGAAGUGGAAAAGUGAGUAGAUCUUCCUUUACAUUCCCUCCUGCUGCCAGAAGAAUGGAGACUCUGAAAGACUUGCUUGCUGCAAGUGAUCUUAUUUCGCUACACUGUGCACUUACUCACGAAACCAUUCAGAUUAUCAAUGCAGAUUGUUUGCAGCAUAUAAAGCCUGGUGCAUUUCUUGUGAAUACUGGUAGCAGCCAGCUAUUGGAUGAUUGUGCUGUGAAACAACUUCUGAUUGAUGGCACCCUUGCAGGCUGUGCUCUGGAUGGUGCUGAAGGGCCUCAGUGGAUGGAAGCAUGGUUGCGGGAGAUGCCCAAUGUUUUGAUUCUUCCUCGGAGUGCUGACUAUAGUGAAGAAGUAUGGAUGGAAAUAAGGGAAAAGGCAAUUUCCAUACUUCAGACGUUCUUUGUGGAUAAUGUGAUUCCCAAGAGUGCAGUAUCUGAUGAUGAUGAAGAAGAAGAGGAGGAAAGUGAGGUUGGCAAUGAACAUCAAUUGCAUCAAGAUAAUGAGAGUUCCUUCCAAGAUACUGUUGGUGAGCGAGCGAUCGGAGAUAUUCACUUAACUGCAGAUAGUUCUCAGAAAAAGCUAGUAAAUCAAUCAAAAGAUACUUCAACUCAAAAUGAAGGUUCUGUUUUGUCACAAAGUACUUCCAGUAGAUCUGAAGUAAAGCGAAGCCGAUCGAGUAAGAAGGCUAAAAAGAGGCAUUCCCACCAAAAAUCUAAGCACAAAGAUGAUGCUUUGACUUUUGGAAAAGAGAGCACGUCAUAUCAAGAAGAUGAUGCUAAUAUGAGUGGCACAGAUCAAGUUUUAAGUUCUGGUUCACGUUUUGCCUCUCCUGAAGAUUCAAGAAACAGGAAGACGGCAAUUGAUUCAAUUCAGGAAUUACCUUCAGAGCAACUUUUUAAAUCAAGCGUUGAAAUCAGUAGAAAAUCUGGUGAACUGCUGAAAGAUGGUUAUGUUAUUGCUUUACAUGCAAGAGAUCGCUCUGCACUUCAUGUCUCAAAACAAAGAGUUAAAGGUGGUGGUUGGUUCCUUGACACAAUGUCGAAUGUAACAAAAAGAGAUCCAGCAGCCCAAUUCCUUGUUGUGUUCCGAAACAAGGAUACAAUUGGUUUGAGAUCAUUUACUGCUGGAGGAAAGUUAUUGCAGAUAAACAGGAGGAUGGAAUUCGUAUUUGCUAGUCACAGCUUCGAUGUCUGGGAGAGCUGGACAUUUGAAGGUUCUUUGGAAGAGUGUAGACUGGUGAAUUGCAGAAAUCCUCUGGCUGUGUUGGACGUCUGUGUAGAAAUUGUUGCAUCCGUGGGUGAAGAUGGUAAAUUGCUUGUUUUUCACUUGUCAAGGAACCCCACAAAGCUUCCAUUUAAGAAGGACCAGAAUGUUACUUCCUUCCUCUGCCUUGCUUCAAAUCAUCUCUUGUGCCGGAAUCCAGUGCCGGGUCAGGAUUUUUAUUCCUACAAUUACAUGGAUGGGGAUCCGAUGAAGAUGGGUCUGACGGCGAUGAAUAAUGCUGAUAACAAUUUAUUGAUACCGGCGGCAAGUGGGAAUGCGGAUCCGGGUGUGGAGGACCCGAAUAAGAAGGUCCGGAAGCCGUAUACUAUAACCAAGUCUAGAGAGAGCUGGACAGAACAGGAACACGACAAAUUCCUCGAAGCCCUUCAACUAUUUGAUCGUGACUGGAAAAAGAUUGAAGCAUUUGUGGGGUCAAAGACAGUUAUCCAGAUUCGUAGCCAUGCUCAGAAAUAUUUUCUGAAGGUCCAGAAGAAUGGAACAAGUGAACGUGUACCUCCGCCACGUCCAAAGAGAAAAUCAGCCCAUCCUUAUCCACAAAAGGCUCCCAAAAAAGUUGUGUCUCAAGCCACUGGAGCAUUGCAGUCUUCAGCUGCUAUGCUAGAACCCGGAUAUGUUGUGAGGUCGGAUUCAUUGUCAGUGCCUGGAAAUGCAUUUAGUAGUGCGGCCUUAUCUCCUUGGACUUACAAUGUUCUUCCAGCAGGCAAUGUGUCACACAUGUCAAGAGAUGAUAUGAGAAUAGCCAGUUUUACCGUGACACAUAAUUAUAGCAGUAGCAGUAAUGAAAGCACUACUCGGCUGUGGCCAAAUAAUGAAUCAAAUCCCCAAGUAAAGGAGAAACAAGACCCGCCAACAAAAGUUAUGCCUGAUUUUGCUGAAGUCUACCGCUUUAUUGGUAGUGUAUUUGACCCUAAUGCAAGUGAUCAUAUGGAAAGACUAAAGAAGAUGGACCGCAUAAAUGUUGAAACGGCGGUGAUGUUGAUGAAGAAUCUAUCUGCCAAUUUGAUGAGCCCUGAAUUUGAGGAUCAUAGGAGCAUGUUUUCAUCAUACAGCGCUGGCAUUGAGAAAGAAAGGUUUGAUAGCCCUUUGAAAAAUCUUCAAGUUGACAAAGUCGGGAAUGCAAUUCCAACCGCAUAG